AUGUACGUAGUGAAGAGAAGCGGGAAGCAGGAGGCUGUGAGCUUUGAUAAGAUAGGCCGCAGGCUGAACCAGCUCAGCUACUCGGUGUUUGAACCGUAUGGUGCACUGUGUGCUGAGUUUAGCCACUAUGUCAUCGACGAUGACCUGUUGGUGAACGGAGGCCCCUUGAAAGCAAUAGAUCCAAUCAGGCUCACCCAGAAGGUGUGUGCGGCUGUACACGAUGGAAUUACCACCACCGAGCUUGACACCCUGGCUGCGGAGCACAGCGCGCACAUGCAGACUCUGCACCCCGAGUAUGCUGUACUCGCGUCAAGGAUUGAGGUCAGCAACGUGCACAAGGUGACGCCAGAUACUCUGCGGGAGGCAGUGAAGAAGCUGGAGUUCAGACUCAACCCCGUUUUCUCCAACCUACUGCUGACUGACGACGAUCUGGCCCGCACCCUCGAAGACGCCAUCGACUAUCGGAAGGACUACGCCUAUGACUACUUUGGCAUCAAGACCAUGCAGAAGCUGUACCUUCUCAAGGACGAGGAAGGGAAGCUGGUGGAGAGACCUCAGCACCUGCUCAUGCGGGUAGCUGUGUGGGUGCACCUGGACUUGGUCGAGAAGACAGUCAACGUACCGGCCGUCAUCGAGACCUACCGCCUCAUGUCUGAGCGGUUUUACACCCACGCCACCCCCACUCUCUUCAACGCCGGCACCAAAAUCCCCCAGAUGUCCUCGUGUUUUCUCGUGGGGACCUUGGGCAUCCGCGAGCAGGACUCGAUCGUGGGGAUGUACGAUGCGGUGAAAGAGAUUGCAUACAUCUCCAAGCUGGCUGGGGGCAUCGGCAUGCACGUACACGAGGUGAGGGCCCGUGGUGCACACAUCCACGGAACGAAUGGCAAGUCCAGUGGACUCGUGCCCUACCUGCGAGUACUCAACAACGUCAGCCGGCACGUGGACCAGGCGGGGGUGCGGAAGGGGGCCAUAGCCAUCUACCUGGAGCCAUGGCACGCCGACGUGGAGGCCUUCCUGGAACUGAGGAAGAACACUGGCGUGGAGGAGGAGAACACCAGGGACCUGUUCACGGCGCUAUGGGUGCCAGACCUCUUCUUCCAGCGGGUGGUCGAUGACGAGGACUGGAGCCUGUUCUACCCAAGCGAGGCGCCGGGGCUCAGCGACCUGUACGGGGACGACUUCAAGGAGUUGUACGAGAGGUACGAGACCUACGGCAUCGCUCGGAAGGUGGUGAAGGCCAGGAGCCUGUGGGAGAAGGCCCUGCGUUCGCUGAUCGAGACCGGGACCCCGUACAUCAGUGCCAAGGACGCGCUGAACAAGAAGUCCAACCAGAAGAACCUCGGGACCAUCAAGAGCUCCAACCUCUGCAACGAGAUCACUCUCUUCAGCGACCCCAAAGAGACAGCCGUGUGCACCUUGGCGUCGGUGGCCCUCAGCAAGUUUGUGAAGUAUGGGCAGCUGGGGAUCUACUUCGAUUUCGCCGAGCUGCACGCGGUGGUCAAGACGGUGGCCAGGAACCUGGAUCGGGUCAUAGACCAGUCCAUGUACCCCGACGUUCCAAACGGAGAGCCCAAGUGCGAGCGGAGCAACAAGGCGCACCGACCCCUAGGUAUCGGAGUGCAGGGCUUUGCCGACACCCUCUAUGCUCUCCGGCUACCCUUUGACUCCGAGGGGGCCCGGGAGAUCAACAUCAAGAUCUUCGAGACCAUGUACCACGCCGCUGUGGAGUCCAGCUGCGAGAUGGCCCUGGAGCUGGGCAAAUAUUCCUCGUUCGAGGGAUCCCCCGCCAGCGAGGGGCUCCUCCAGUUCGACCUGUGGGAUGUCAAGCCCAGCAAGGUACCCAGCGUGCACCCGGCAUGCAAGGACGCCCGGAUCUUCGACUGGGACGCGCUGAAGGAGGAGGUCAAGAAGCACGGCCUCCGCAACUCGACGCUCAUCGCCCUCAUGCCAACCGCGAGCACAAGUCAGCUUCUGCAGAACUCGGAGUCGUUUGAGGUCCCCACCGGCAUGCUCUACAGCCGUAAGACAUUAGCCGGAGAGCACGUGAUCCUCAAUCGGUGGUUGGUCCGGGACCUCGUGCGGAGGGGCAUGUGGUCCGUCCUGGUGAAGGAUUCCAUCCUGGCGAGUGGCGGGUCCGUUCAGAACAUCGAGGCUCUGGACGAGGAGACAAAGCAGCUGUACAAGACCACGUGGGAGAUCAAGCAGAAGCCUUACAUCGACCUUGCGGCAGACCGUGGCCCUUACGUCUGCCAGAGCGCCUCGCUCAACCUCUACCAGCGCGAACCCACCCUCACGCAGCUCAACUCCAUGCUCAUCCACGCCUGGCGCCGAGGGCUGAAGACACUUGUAUACUAUCUCAGGACCCGGUCUGCCAGCAACGCCACCCAGUUCACAGUAGACAGGCACGCUCUGGACCAUGCUUUGAAUCAGCAGGCAAGGCUGGAGGACGCAAAGGACACGGUAUCUUUGGCAGAAACAGAUUCUGAGGACGAGAAUGAGGUGGUAGCUUUGCCGGCCUGUAGUGCAGACAACUCUGAUUGCCUAGCGUGCUCUUCUUAG